CAGGUCUAUAUAAUAUCUCUGAAUGCAGCAGUCUUCUCUCUCACUCUCCUGUGCACAAUGGAGGGCCUUACUACGCUGGUGCUGUUGUCUUCAGUGGCGCUGCUCUGCAGUGCUGCUCCAGAUGUGGAGCCUGUAACAUGCACUGAUGGUGGUAUUUCAUCUGCACACCUGGCAAUGCAUCACAUCAACAAGCACCAUGAGCAUGGCUACAAAUUCAGACUGAAUCAGACUGUAGUUUUCAAAAUGGUAGAGGUUGACAGCGGUUGUAACAUUGAGCUAACGUUGGAACUUUUAGAGACAGAGUGCCAUGUUGUCAACCCCAAAUCUUUUGAGCAAUGUGAUCUCCGUGGAAUCGCCGACUGGGAAGUGAAGGCAACCUGCUCUGUAAAGGUAACUGUGGAAAACAGUGAUGCCAAAGUCACUGGUUAUACAUGUGAAACUGAAAAAGUACUCACUAGAGAAGAAAUGGUAAGGACCUGCCCUGACUGUCCGGUGCUUAUCGCACUGAAUGACGCAGAAAGCGUGAAGGCUGCACAAGAAAUAGUGAAAAAAUUCAACGAGAACACCACAAACCAGCACUAUUUCAUCCUGAAGGAAGUAGGACGAGUCAGGCUUGGGUACAUACCAAUGCGAGGAAUGAUGUACUUUGCUGAGAUCGCCCUCAUUGAGUCCAACUGCCCGAUGUUUUCCAGACGAGUUCCAGAGUCAUGCCCAUCCUUGUGCCCUGACAGAGCUCAACACGCUGUCUGCAAAUCAUCGUACUCCAAAGUACAUGGUGUUGGGAAUCUUCAGUGUGAAUUCUAUCCAGCAUUGGACACCACUGCCCGAAGCCCAGGUGAACAGGAGCCUGUUUGUGAGCAUACUCAUCGAGUCAUGCCUGCUGGACCCCCUGGCCCCCCUGGCCCCCCUGGCCCCCCUGGCACAGAACCUGCUGAUGGAGGACCCCCACCCCGGCCCUUUCCAGUGCUUCAUCCCUGCCAUACCAAGGCUGAACAAGAGUUCCACCCAAUUUGCGAGUCACAUUAGUUUGAACUCUGCCCAAAUACAAAACCAAGGCAGUCCUAAAAGGUACACACUAUUGCAAUUUAAACAAUAAAUGUUAUUGCUAAGAAAACCUAAAAAGUCUAAGUCCUUACAAAAACACACAUACAUACACCAGCAAGGUGUCAAUCAUUUUGUUGCAAACAAUCUCAAUGUUAGGAGUUUUGCACAUAUUUGCUUAUUUAUCAUCUUCUAAUGUGUGGCACAAUAAAAACCCUGAAAGCA